GUGCUCUCCCGAUCUCCUUUUUUCAUACGCACCCGGCGUGCAGAACCUCAGCUGCCUUGACGGCACGGGUCAGUCCUAUCUUUUUAUCAUCACGACAAGCCAUCAAGAAGCAAGCCUUCUCUCGCGCUGGACAAAUCUCGGGCCUAGAAUAGAAAAUUAGACGCCUCUUGCAACGAAUAACGAGAAUAAUACCAACACAACGACAUUCGCUAUGCCUCGCUCAUCCAGAGCCUACCCUCCGCCGCUGGAGCUGGACACUUCCUUCAGCGGCAUGGGUGCCUCCGAACACUCUCCCGACUCUUUUGACUCGCCGCUCUUCUCUCCAACAAAGAGAGUAGGAACGAGCUCUACAAACGCUGUAUCAAUCACCUCGCCCCAGCGCAGGACGUCCUUUGGAUUCAUCAAGUCCUCGCCCACCGUCAACGUUCACACAACCUGUGGCCGCCACACUGAUCAGCUGCUCUUUGGAGGGCCCUCAUUAUCGGGUCUUGCCCGCGCUCUUCUGGGAAAGAAGAAGAAGAGGCCGACAGACAGCUGAGCGCUUUGGGGGUUUUGGCGGGGCACUUUUUCAUGUGAAAUUGACCAGUGCGCGCCAAAUCCUCAUCGACCUAAACCUUUUUUUCCUUCUCUACUUUUUAUUAUUAUUACGACUUACAGUACUGGCUGGAUCGGUGCGAUAUCCAGUACGUUAUACGAUAUGGCUUAAUGAUACGACUACUACUGUUACGAGCGUUACUACUGUUACUAUUACUGCUGCAACUACCAUUAUCAUAAUACUUGGCGCAAAUGGAAAAGAUGUGAUGACAUAG